AUGCAGUCCACCACGGUUCAGGAGACUAAUUCAUACGGUGGAUACAGCGGUCUGGUCAAAGGUGUCGCCAAAGCCCCUGAUAUUGCAGAGGAUGACAUGAACGUCAUGUUUGCGACCAACGUGACAGGAUUGAUCAAUGUAACACAAGCGAUUUUGCCCUCAAUGCUGAAGCGAAACAAUGGCAAUGGUUCAGGCGACAUUAUCAACAUUGGUUCGAUAGCAGGCCGUGAGGGGUACGUCGGCGGUGGUGUUUACUGUGCAACCAAGGCUGCCGUCCGAGCGUUUACUGAAAGCCUGCGCAAAGAAUUGAUUUCAACGAGAGUUCGAGUAAUUGGAAUCGACCCAGGCCAAGUCGAGACAGAAUUUUCGCUUGUCAGAUUUGGGGGCAAUCAAGACAAGGCCAAUGCUGUUUAUGCGUGCGUUUCAAGCCCCAGAGUCUCAACUUGCGUCGGUGUGAUGCAUUGA